AUGGUAGUGAGGGCUGAAACGAAUGCUUCAGUCCCGUCCAAUGCUCGAAGCUGGGAGUUAAUAAUAUGUGGAAAAGUCACCGGUCGAAAUGAGGGAACUUUGCAGCAGUUUAUGCGGGCCUUCCGGAUUUUGAGACGGAGCAGCCCAAUGAGGCUGCGACGGCUGAUCUCAACCGCAUCAGCAUGGUUGUUAAGACAACCUCGAAUGACUGACCCUUCACGGCCUAUCGGUUCGAGAACUGUAAUGAGACUUCAACCAGCCGAUUCGAAGACCUACAGAUUCCCUUGUCCAGAAGCAGCCUACGACGAUCGACGCAUUCCAGCAUGA